AAUCAACUAUCUCCUGCAUUUUAUUGAAUCCCUUAAUAUUUUCCACGACAAUGCAAACCCAAAAGUCCAGCAUCUUCUUCUAAGCUGCUCUCAUCUUUCUCCACUCUCACUCGAGUCUGCCACUGAAUGAGUGAUGUUAUAUUCAAAUUUUGUGAAGUUAAAUCUAUUCUUGAAGCAACCAGAAAGGUACUCUAAUGGAUUUAUUGAUGAAAAGCUUAGCUAUUAAGAGAAAUGAAUUCAUUUUAACUAGCUGUAGAUUCAUCAUUUCACUAGGAGUUGCUUUCAGUAGCAGUCAGGAUCCACAGCUGCAAUAUCCCAUAAUGAUGCAAAUCAAUAGAGCAUUCAAAUUGGCUACACCAGAUGUAGAAAUCAUUGAAUCCACAUGAACUCUACCUCAGAAAGUGAUGAGACAAACUAUGUACCUUCAUGUUAUUCCCUUUAAAUUCAUGUGAAAAAACAAACACUUUUGAUCGGUGUCAUGUGCAUACGGAUAUAUUAUCUGCAACCAAAAGGACAACGAUUAAACCAUGUAUGUAGGUCUUGAGUCCAUCCUGAAAUGGACACAACAUCAGAAAAGGAGAGACACGCACACGUUGCACCACUCAAUAGUCAGUGUUAAUGUAUAGUAUACAUGCAGAGAAAGUAAGUAAAACUAGUGUUUAAAAAUCGGUGGUUUAAUUUGAAUGAUUUUUAACGAUUUUUAUAAAUGGUGUCUAGUAGUGUUUGCUUAGGUACUAAUCGACUACUGCUUAACAAUUUCUUGAAUAUCGUGUAAAACACAGAACAAUCCGUAACUCUAAAGAAACAUGCGUGGCCUGACUGUGCAAAUACCAGUUGCAAUCUUCAAAAUCAGAAGAAAAAAAAACUCGAAACGUGAUGCCAUUUCUUUUAAUCAAAGCAAUUAACAUCUAGUUAUGGAGGUAAUACUAGAAAGACAAGAUCCUACUAAAUCAAGAAGAGAUGAGAGCAAAACCUAACUUGGCUGAAAAGAAAGCAGUUAAUACCUAACUAAGCUAACUGUCAAAACGAUUCCUAACAGAUCCUAUUUUCCUAAUUUGGCGCAUUUAUUAUUUAUUAUUCUGAUCCCUUGUAUCACGUGAUCUUCUAUACCACCGAUGAUUUCAUGCUUUACUCUUAACUUCCAAAUUUAUAAGAUAAUGAUGUUUUUAUAGAAUUUUUUCAUUGCAUGUAAGAUAUAAAAAAAUAGUACUAAUACUUUUCUGUAAUAAAACAAACAAAAGAGUAUUAAGGUAACUAAGAAGUUGAAUUAAUGAAACAAAAUCAAUCUGAUCGAGAGUGACAUGCACGCGCCACCAGGCUAGUAUAUUUACUAGUCUAUUUUCUCGAAAAACAAACUCCAAAGCAAACACUCUCUCUGUACUUUAGAUCUGGCCGAGACGACGGCGACACUGUUUCCUUGAACGCCGGUGAUGGCUUCCACUUGCGUCAACAAUGUGACUGUCUCUGCAUACGGAUGUUUCAACGCUCGGAGCUCUGGAUCCGCCGCGUCGUUGGAGAUGAAGAAGCUGAUUCCUCCGGAGGAAGAGUUCGAGUUCAGAACUGAGGUUCCUGUCGGAAUGCUUCCCACCGACGAGCUUUUCUCUAACGGUAAACUCGUGACGACGGCGGUGGUGGAAGUUGAGACGGAGGUUUCCGGCGAGGAGGGUAGCUUGGUUUCUUCUCCCAAGGCGCCACGUAAGUGGAGAGAGCUGUUAGGGAUGAAACGGUUCUCUCAAAACAGCAAGGCUGCGGCGUCGUUUAAGCAGUUUUUAAACCGGAGCUCCAAAACGUCGUCGUCUUCUUCUUCUGAUGCUUCUUCGUUAAUCAGUCUUCCUCUCCUCUCCGACAGCGAAUCUCUCUCCGUCUCCUCUUCUUCUUCACGUAUGUCCCUCUCUUCUUCUUCCUCCUCCUCCGACACCCCGAGGAGGCUAUCGCUCGACGCAGAGAGACUCAACCACCUCGCUAACCAAAACAUCACAGCCAACCCGUUCGCUCCCGCUCGGCCGAGGAUGAGGUUAGUGAAGCAGCCUCGUGAUAGAGAAGAAACAUGUAGCGACAGUCCGAGGCUAAACUCGUCGGGGAAGAUCGUGUUUCAGAGCCUUGAACGGAGCUCAAGCAGCCCGGGCGGAGGAGGGUAUAGAAACAGAGGAGUGGAGAGAUCGUACAGUGUAAACCUGAGCGUGGCUCCUGUUCUUAACGUUCCCGUUUGUUCAGUCAGAGGUGGUUCUGUAAUAUUUAGCCAUUUCUUCUCUUCAGCUUCGUCUCAACACAAUAAAACAGGGAAUGGCUCUAACCACAGAGCGUUGUUGACUCAUCAUCAGCACGGUGGUAUUAGUAGAGGCCGUAACUCAACAGAUCGAGUAGCUAGUAGUAUUAGUCCAUCUACUUUUAGUACUGUGUAGUUUCCUUAUUGGGGUUUGAGAGUUAAGAGAGAGUCAAGUUGACGCGUUAAGCUAAAGGAAUAAAUGCGCGUGGGAUAUAAGGAAACAGAUGCUCAGUAACUGUAUCUACGCUCUCCUCACGUUGAAGCUUACUUAAGCUGUCUCUUUCAUCUGCCAUUUUUUCUAAAAAAAAAUUCUAGAUAUUAAUAUCUUGUCGUUUUAUUAGUUUCGGAAAUGAUGCAGUUUUUCAGAGACUUUUUUCGCACUUUUGUGGUUUAUUUAUUUGUUUUUUUUUGUAUGAUGUUUAUUGAUUUGUUAAAAUUAAAGAAGGUUCGUUAAAACUAUGAUGUAGGUGCUAACUAUGUUGGAUAAUAAAAGUAGAUGUUGAGCCAAAAAAAAAAAA